AUCAAGUAACCAGGGGCGGACUGACCAUUUGGAAAUUCGGGCACUGCCUGAGGGCCCGGGGGGUCAGUAGGGGGCCCCAUGAGAUGCCCCUGGUACCUUUUUCAUAGGCUUUUUUGAGUUUUGGCAAGGACACAGGGGCCCCAUGAUCUCCUAUUGCCUGGGGGCCCUAUGAGUUGUCAGUCCACCCCUGCAAGUAACUGUCCUAUUAAGUCUAUAGGCACCUCCAGAGAGAAUCAUCUGAUAACACCUAUAGCUGUCUGUUGGUCAGGUGAGUGUGGGUGCCAUUCA